AUGCGUCUCUCCCUAGUGACCGCCGCCGCGGUGGCGCUGAGCGCCGCUGCUACUCCGAUCGAGCGCGCGUCCACAUCCGGAAUCAACGACUACGACUGCAAGGCGCAGCCUGGAAAGGAGCCGAUCGUGUUCCUGCACGGUCUGCCUGCGCCUCCGGGGCUCAACUUUCUAACAAAACUGCCUGUCUUCGCGUCCAAGGGCUACUGCGUCUUCGCCCCGACGUACGGCACCACAGCGGGCAUCAUCUUCGCGGGUGCCAAGGUCGAGGACUCGUCGAAAGAGAUCGCUGGCGUAGUCGACAAAGUGCUUGCGAGCACGGGGGCUUCAAAGGUCAACCUCGUCGCGCACAGCAUGGGCACAUUGGUGGCGGCGUAUUAUCUCAAGUUUGACGGCGGCGGCGACAAAGUCAAAGCGUAUGUGGGCUUCGGACCUGUGUACAACGGCACGACUGAAGCGAGCCUCCGUCUCCCGAAGCAAUGGAUCCCCGGUCUCACCGACGCAUUCUGCCCUGGCUGUAUCGACGCGGUGCCGCCUUCGGACGUCAUCGACAGGCUCCACGAGGGCGGAGUCACCGUUCCCGGACCGACUUACACCAACAUCAUGAGCAAACUCGAUCUUCAGGUCACUCCUUAUACGAGCGGACGCAUCGAUGAGGAAGGGGCCAAGAACAUCGUCCUCCAGGACGCCUGCCCCUCUGACAUCGCCGGUCACAUUGGCAUGGCAGUCGACCCGAACAUCUCUAAUAUGAUUCAGUGGGCGAUAGACGGCAGGAACGGUCCCCUGCCGAAGUGCAAACCAUUCUUCUUAGCGAUCUAG